CGUUGAAUGACCAUCAUGUUAAAAGGGAAUUCUUCCACCGAUUAUCGGUAGUUCACUAAUCUUGACCAGCUGGCUGUCAUGGCUUUCUUCCUCUUUUACGGGCUUUUAAUCACAUUCAUGCUUCAAGUCUCCGGUCUCCCUAUCACAAUCUCAACCGAACACAUUCCUCGAGCAAUCGGAGAGAGCAUGGUUUUGCUAGCAUGGGAACCGCAAUUUCCAGAAUGCUUCCAUCUGGUUUCGUUUGAGCCACGCGUCACCUCUGGCAGGAGACGUGAACGGAACUUAGCGGAGAACCUUCUCUCUCAUGAUCUUUUCAUUUCAUCUCGUGUUGCAGGCAUACGCCACAUCGACACUUUGUGCGGCGGGUUACUUGCGCUUCGUGAAAUAUCGUCCCAUGCUUAUAUCGUAAACGAAGGCAUUGGGACCACCGGGAUACAGGCUCGGAGUGCAGUAUUCGAAGAAUUCAGGAAUAUCAGCUAUAGAGACUUAGAAGAGACCUCGCUACGCGCAGUAAAUGCCAGUGGAGGCACUGUUAUAAAGUGUCGGGAUGGCGCAACUGCGACCGGAGGAACCGCGAUGAGCGGAAACGCUACCACAAACGGGGACGAUGGCGGGACCGCCACCAGCGGAAAUGCUUCGACAACCGGCGAGGAUGGCGGAACCGCAAUUAGUGGAGAUGCCAUUGCUGGGGACAAUGGAAAUGCGACUAGUGGUGACGCUAUAAAUGGUGCGGUUGGCGGAACUGCCGUCAGCGGAGACGCUAUAGUAGAUACAGUAGAGGGCGCGUCUGUAACCCCUACCUCUGCAACAGCAGCUUCAGCGGCUGCAUUGCCAAGUCUUCACCAUACCAGCGCAUCGGUAAUCCUUGGCAGCACCAUUGGAUCAUUGGCCUCAGUGGGAAUAAUAGUUGUACUAGUAAUACUGUGGUGUCGGCGAAGGAGCAGGUUCAGAGACAGCACGAUCCCCAAGGUUGAAAGUCCAAGAAUGGAUUCCAGACCUGCGUCUCUUAGCUCUCCCAUCUUAGCGGCUUACCCAUAUCCUUUCGCACCAAACAGCGGCUUUCCCUUGCCUUCUGGCGAAGGCUUGCCUCAGACAACGGCGGCUUCGCCUUCUAGAUGCUCUUACUUGCGGUCAAGAGAGGAAGGAAGGAUUCCGGUGCGGGAAGAUUCAACGCCGUCGACGGCCGAGUCGGUGGAUACUACAAAUGGUGAACCCGCUCCCCCAGCAUAUCAGACAUCCCAUUAAUGGGAGGACACGAUCCCUCCAUCCACAUUUCAACCUUCACCAUUAUUAUCGGCUCCACUGGCAACGAGUUUCGUCCAAGAAUCUCUCUAUUUAUUUUCGGUUAUGGACUCAUAUUGGUGAUGCGACUUUAUUUUUGUUUAUUAGUGAGCUUCUACUGUCUGAACUGAUUCAUAAAUGCCGUUCCGGUUCUUGGACAGUCUCGUAGGACAGUAUGUCCAUGACCCAUUAUUCUUUGUCUAUGCUUUAGUGGAUCAUAGUACAUUGAAAAAUCCUGCUCUGGAUGAUACAUCUAUUUUAGCAUAUAUGGGACGCAUUUGUUAAGCCACCGACUCGGGGGGGGGGAAUGAAAACUAUCAUUAGUUUGAACGUUUCCAA